UACGACAAAAAAACACUGCUGCUUUUCUUUGUUUCAGAAUUCUUCUGACACGACUAAACAAACAAACCCCCAAUUAUUUUCCUUAUUUUCUAUUCGGAAAAUUUGGGAUUUCUUCUUCUUUUCUGGCGUGAAAAGCAGCACUGCGUGGGAAGGAAAGCCUAAAGAAAGAAAGAAAAGCAUCAAGCAUGGAUGGAUGCCUCACUCCACCACCGAAAAGUAACACCAUGCCCGUUUCAAAGUUGUUCCCUUUCUAUAUCCAUUUGGAAUCAAUCUGAGAUUGUUAGCAGAUAUAUAGAACAACAGUAAGACAGUUUGGGUGUCCAAAGUCCAUUCCUUUUUGCUCUCUUCAAUGGCGGCCGCAGCUGGAAGUAGGAGUAGAGGAAGGAGAGAAGAAAUGGGUGUUAUGAGUUUUGUGGUUUUCUUGUGGGUUUAUGCUGCUACUACCGCAAAUGGGUUGCUUUCCCCCAAAGGCGUGAACUUUGAAGGUGGGGGAAGUUUGGGUUUUUUUCUGUGCCUGGAGGGUGUUCGAUGAUUUUCCUCUGAAGGAAAUAUUUUUCGUUUUUUCUAAUGUGGGUUUGGUUUGUUGCAGUACAAGCUUUGAUGGGUAUAAAAGCUUCUUUACAUGAUCCACAUGGGGUUCUUGAUAACUGGGAUGGUGAUGCUGUGGAUCCUUGUAGCUGGACUAUGGUCACUUGUUCGUCAGAGAGCCUCGUCAUUGGAUUGGGAACUCCUAGUCAGGACUUAUCUGGAACUCUUUCUCCAAGCAUUGCCAACUUGACGAAUCUUCAGAUUGUGCUGUUGCAGAAUAAUAAUAUCACAGGGCCCAUUCCAGCAGAGAUAGGGAAGCUCUCAAAACUUCACACGCUUGAUCUGUCUAACAAUUUCUUCACCGGGAGUGUUCCUUCUUCUUUAGGCCACUUGAGGAGUCUUCAAUACAUGAGGCUAAACAACAACAGUCUGUCCGGCAAAGUCCCCAUGUCAAUUGGGAACAUGACCAAGCUUGUGUUUCUUGACCUGUCCUACAAUAAUCUGAGUGGCCCCAUACCUAUAUUCCCUGCUAAAACCUUCAGCAUUGUUGGCAAUCCACUCAUCUGCCCAACUGGUUCAGAGCCAGAGUGUUUUGGGACGACUCUAAUGCCAAUGUCCAUGAACUUAAACAACACAGAACUUAAUCCCCCUUCCCAAAGACCAAAGAGUCACAAGGUAGCAGUUGCAUUUGGGUCAAGCGUUGGUGCAAUCUCCCUCAUCAUUAUAGUUUUUGGAAUGUUCCUGUGGUGGAGGCAAAGGCUUAAUCCACCAAUGUUUUUCGACGUUGAUGGAAAACAAGAUAGGCUGCAUGAAGAAGUAUCUCUCGGAAACUUGAAGAUGUUUCAGUUUAGAGAACUCCAAAUUGCAACAGGCAACUUCAGCAACAAAAACAUACUUGGGAAAGGAGGGUUCGGCCAUGUAUACAAAGGAACUCUCCACGAUGGGACGAUCGUAGCCGUGAAAAGAUUGAAAGAUGGUAGUGCCGUUGGAGGAGAGAUUCAGUUCCAGACUGAAGUUGAAAUGAUCAGCUUAGCAGUGCACCGAAACCUCCUCAAAUUAUACGGUUUCUGCAUCACACCUUCAGAGAGAUUACUGGUCUAUCCAUACAUGUCCAAUGGCAGCGUUGCUUCUCGUCUCAAAGUCUCAUUUCCAGGGAAACCAGUCUUGGAUUGGAGCACAAGGAAGAGAAUAUCCUUAGGAGCAGCAAGGGGACUGCUAUACCUCCACGAACAAUGUGAUCCGAAGAUAAUCCACAGGGAUGUUAAGGCCGCAAACAUAUUGCUUGAUGACUACUAUGAAGCCGUGGUUGGUGAUUUCGGGUUGGCAAAGUUGCUUGAUCACCAAGAUUCGCAUGUGACUACUGCUGUUCGAGGAACUGUUGGCCAUAUUGCACCAGAAUAUCUCUCCACAGGCCAAUCUUCAGACAAAACAGAUGUGUUUGGAUUCGGAAUCUUGCUCCUCGAGCUAAUCACGGGCCAAAGAGCAUUGGAGUUUGGAAAGGCAGCAAACCAGAAAGGAGCCAUGCUCGAUUGGGUAAAGAAGAUUCAUCAUGAGAAGCAGCUGGAAAUGAUGGUGGACAAGGAUUUGAAAGGGAAUUAUGACAGAAUCGAGCUGGAAGAGAUGGUUAAAGUUGCUCUCCUUAGCACACAGUACCUUCCUAGUCAAAGACCGAAAAUGUCUGAAGUAGUCCGAAUGCUGGAAGGAGAUGGACUUGCAGAGAGAUGGGAAGCUUCUCAAAGGGCGGAAGCUACCAAGUCAAAGAAUAACGAUUUCUCGUCGUCGGAUCGGUAUUCUGAUCUCACUGAUGAUUCUUCAUUGUUGGUACAAGCAAUGGAACUCUCUGGCCCCAGGUGACAGUUCCCAUAUUAACAGGGUUUUUCACAUAGUUUCUUAAGUUGCCUUUUUCCCAUUUUGUUUUCUACUUUAUCCUUCCACAUAGAGACAUAGGAAAAGGGAUAGGUGGAUCAGCUAAUAGUUUGGAAAAGUGCCGUGUAAUUCAGUUUAGAUGCUAGAAGAUUGUUGUAAUGUCUUCUUUUGACUGGUUUGAGCUGUAUCAUAGAAUACAAGUGGUUUUAGGGCAUUAUAGUGUUGAUUUUAUGUCAAGAUUGUCACGUGAAAAGUACACAUUUAACCUACUUCAUUAACUUCAAUUUAACAUUUGAAGUUAUAACCUACUUUUAUAUAAACGUUUUU